UGAGAGCAAAGGUCCUGGUGGGAGGGGAGGGCUCGGCGGCGGGGCUGGCUGGAGCCGGGGCAGAGCGUGGGGAGCACCCAAGUAUCCCGGAGGGACAUUGCGUGCGGAGAGAGGAGCCUCGAGGAACAUGGCACUGCUCCGGGGCCUCCUGGUGCUCAGCUUGUCCUGCCUGCAAGGGCCCUGCUCAGUGUUCUCUCCAGCCAGCGCCGCGGAGCCCAUGAGCCAGCAGAUAGUGACCGGGCCGAGCCAGGAGAAGCUGUCCCCGCUCAGCCUCCUCAAGUUGGUCAACCAGGAGCCUGAGGGCCAGACGGAGCCGAAGAAGGCCUCAGGAGACUGCAGUGAGGCCCCCAGCCCGGAGCAGACCCGCAGGCUGGCCAAGGCCAUGAUGGCCUUCACCACAGACCUGUUCUCCCAGGUGGCCCAGAGCUCCGCCCACCCCAACCUCAUCCUGUCGCCUCUGAGUGUGGCCCUGGCGCUGUCGCACCUGGCACUAGGUGCCCAGAACCAGACGCUGCAGAGGCUGCAGCAGGUGCUGCACACAGACACAGGGCCCUGCCUCCCCCACCUGCUGAGCCGCCUCUGCCAGGACCUGGGCCCCGGGGCAUUCCGAAUGGCCGCUCGGAUGUACCUGCAGAAAGGAUUUCCCAUCAAAGAGGACUUCCUGACGCAGUCGGAACACCUCUUUGGCGCGAAGCCCAUCAACCUGAUUGGGAAGAAGGGGGAGGACUUGGCAAACAUCAACAGAUGGGUGAAGGAGACCACGGAGGGGAAGAUCGAGGACUUCCUCUCGGAGAUGGCGGAUGACACCGUGCUGCUGCUCCUCAACGUCAUCCAUUUCCAGGGUUUCUGGAAGAGCAAGUUCGACCCGAGCCUCACGCAGAGAGGGACGUUCCACCUGGACGGGCAGUUCGCGGUGCCGGUGGACAUGAUGCAGGCCCGCAUGUACCCGCUGCACUGGAUGCUGCUGGAGCAGCCCUCCGUACAGGUGGCUCACUUCCCCUUUAAGAACAACAUGAGCUUCGUGGUCAUCAUGCCCACCUACUUCGAGUGGAACGUGUCCCAGGUGCUGGCCAACCUGAGCUGGGAUGCCCUGCACCAGCCCUUCUUUCGGGAGAGGCCCACCAAGGUCCAGCUGCCUAAGCUGCACCUGAAACACCAGCUGGACCUCGUGGCCACCCUCAGCCAGCUGGGCCUGCAGGAGCUGUUUCAGAACCCAGACCUCAGCGGGAUCUCGGACGAGAGGUUGGUGGUGUCCAGCGUGCAGCACCAGUCCACGAUGGAGCUCAGCGAGGCCGGCGUGGAGGCGGCCGCGGCCACCAGCUUGGCCAUGUCCCGCAUGUCCCUCUCCACCUUCAGCGUGAACCGCCCCUUCCUCUUCUUCAUCCUCGAGGACACCACGGGGCUGCCCCUCUUCGUGGGCAGCGUGCGGAACCCCAACCCGGGGGCGCCGCGGGAGCACAAGGAGCAGCAGGAUUCCCCCGACAGCAGGGACCUCCUCGAGGACCUGAACGCCUUCGGCCGCGGCGACAAGCCCUUCGGCCCGGGCUUGAAACUGGAGCCCCUGCCCGAGGAGGAUUACCCCCAGUUCGGCAGCCCCAAGUGAGGGCGGCGGGCUCCCGCAUCCUGGGCCCCUGCCGGGCCGGCCUCUCAAUUCAUGGGACUCUUUCCAAACAGCUUUGCGGGGUGAGGGGCGGGGCCGGGGCGGGGCGGGCAGUCCGGGGAGGGAGGAGCCUUCUUUCCAUCUCCUCUUGGGGGGCGGGCGGGGCUGGGGGAGGGGCAGCUGUGGACCCACUUUGGUCAGCAAGGUAGGUGGGUUGUUCCUGGCUCACCUUUGUUUCCCCGAGGGAGGGCGGACAGGAGGGGCCGGAUGCCCUGGCUGGGGGAGGAGGGAUGGGCCCCGGGGUGGCUCAGGGGCAGAGCACUGUCCUGGGGUCAGACACUGCGGUCAUCAGCCUCGUCCUGCUCUGCACCUGCCAUCGCCAGCCUCCCCCACUGGUCCUUCGUGAUGCCCACACUGCCCGGACUCCCUUUCCUUCCUCUCUCCUCUUCCUCCUCUGCCCGGGGUCUCGGGGGGCUGAGGGGGGUGGCAUCAGCUCCUGAGGGCUCUUUUGUAAAGUUUUUGUAGUGAUUUUUAUGCUACCCGAAUAAAGAAUGAAUGGGC